GCUCCGGUUGAGCUUGAAUUUUGCUAUGAUGUGUUGCAAAAGUUUUGCACCAACUCUGGAAGCCUGCGUCACAGUUUUGAUGUCUAUCCUCAGCCGGCUAUUCCAGAAACUCAGAGUCUUCAGCUGAUGCAACUUGACCCUGUUCCUGUUUCCAUGGACUCCCCAAGCGUCAUUCUCCCACCUUCAACUGAUCAAUCUCCUGGCCAGGCUCUGACUGUUAGUUCUACUAAUUUGGCCAGCACCAAUCACACUAUUCCUGACCUUCCUGUUCUGAAGAUGGAUAAGAUUGACCAAGGGCUUUAUCAAGAUAAACCAUAUUUGGUACUUGGUGAUUUCAACAACAUUGGUGGUACUUUAAGGUCAGAAAGCUCUUUCUCACUCUUUAGAAGUUUGUUCUCUGUUUGUGGUCUACAAGCGUUAAAAACAAUGAGAGGAAAGUAUACUUGGACUGGGACAAGGCACUCGUACUCAAUUAAAUCGAAAAUUGAUCGUGCUGUAGCAAAUUGUCAUUGGCUUGACAUGUUCCCUGCAGCUUAUGUGCAGCUCCUCCCUUGGAUUAGCUCUGAUCAUCGGCCUCUGCUUAUUCAUUCCGAGGUUCAGCUAAAGCUAUCACCAAGUGUCGAAUGGUGUUAUGCCGUUGGAAGAGCACAACCAUUCAGAACUCUCAGAAGAAGAUCAGGGAGC